AGCGGGUGUCUUCUACCUCCCGAGCCCUCCGCCCCACCUCCCAGCCUCCCCGCGCCCCUUCCCCGCCCCUUCCCUCCCCCCCCCCCAAAGCGUGCAGGGAGCUCAGAUUUCGCCUUUGAAAAAGCAGCGUCUGAUACUUUAGAUGAGCACCUCGCAGAUAGCUGGGCUGCUUGAUUUGAAUUUGAGGAGUUGAAAAGCCUGUUUACUUUCUUGCUUUGAUGUUGGGUAGAUCUGGUUUUGAUUAUAUCAAUACCCUUUUCUCUCUCUCUGCCUCCCCCCCCUUCCUUUCCUUCCCAGAAAGGAGGCUCAGAUGAGUCCCUGCUGACUUGAGAGAGAAAGAGAGACCACGCUGAUUGCUGAGAGGAACUGGAAGAAGAAAAAAAUUCCUGAACUCAGCGAGAAGAACUCACUCGCCAUGAGCAGUGCUGUGUUGGUGCCUCGCCUCCCAGACCCCAGCAGCAGCUUCCGCGAGGAUGCCCCGCGGCCCCCGGUGCCGGGAGAGGAAGGGGAGACCCCACCGUGCCAGCCGGGGGUGGGAAAGGGCCAGGUCGCCAAGCCCCUGCCUGUCUCCUCCAAUGCCAGGCGGAACGAGGACGGGUUGGGGGAGCCCGAGGGGCGGGCGUCUCCGGAUUCCCCUCUGACCAGGUGGACCAAGUCCCUGCACUCCUUGCUGGGUGAUCAAGACGGUGCUUACCUCUUCCGGACUUUCCUGGAGCGGGAGAAAUGCGUGGACACCUUAGACUUCUGGUUUGCCUGCAACGGAUUCAGGCAGAUGAACCUGAAGGAUGCCAAAACGUUGCGAGUAGCCAAAGUGAUCUACAAAAGGUACAUCGAGAAUAACAGCGUGGUCUCCAAGCAGCUGAAGCCUGCCACCAAGACCUACAUCCGAGACGGCAUCAAGAGGCAGCAGAUCGACUCGGUCAUGUUCGACCAGGCGCAGACCGAGGUCCAGGCGGUGAUGGAGGACAAUGCCUACCAGAGGUUUCUGACUUCGGAUAUAUACCUCGAAUACGUGAGGAGUGGGGGCGAAAACCCGGCUUACGUGAGCAGCGGGGGUCUGGGGAGCCUCAAGCUCGUGUGUGGCUACCUCCCCACCUUGAAUGAGGAGGAGGAGUGGACUUGUGCUGACUUCAAGUGCAAACUUUCACCCACGGUGGUUGGCUUGUCUAGCAAAACUCUGAGGGCUACAGCCAGCGUGAGGGCCGCGGAAACUGUUGAGAAUGGAUACAGGUCCUUCAGGAGGAGCGAUCCCGUGAACCCGUACCACGUGGCCUCCGGCUGCGUCUUCGCGCCCGCCACCAGCGCCAACGACAGCGAGAUAUCCAGUGACGCGCUGACCGACGAUUCCAUGUCCGUGACGGACAGCAGCGUAGACGGGAUCCCUCCUUACCGCGUGGGGAGUAAGAAGCAGCUCCAGAGAGAAAUGCAUCGCAGUGUGAAGGCCAACGGCCAGGUGUCUCUACCUCAUUUCCCGAGAACCCACCGCCUGCCCAAGGAGAUGACGCCCGUGGAGCCCGCCGCCUUCGCGGCCGAGCUCAUCUCCCGGCUGGAGAAGCUGAAGCUGGAGCUGGAGACGCGCCACAGCCUGGAGGAGCGGCUGCAGCAGAUCCGGGAGGACGAGGAGCAGGAGGGCCCGGAGCCGGCGCCGAGCGCCCGGGACGCGGGGCCCGCCCAGCACGCGCUCUCGCUCCUGCCCUCGGGCAGCUACGAGGAGGACCCGCAGGCCAUCCUGGACGACCACCUGUCCCGGGUCCUCAGGACCCCCGGCUGCCAGUCCCCGGGUGUGGGCCGCUACAGCCCGCGCGCGCGCUCCCCGGACCACCCCCACCGCCACCCCCUGCAGCAGCACCGCGCGCCGCCCCCGCCCGGGGUCCUGCCACCCCCCGCCGCCGCCGCCCCGGCAGGCUGCCCCCUGCUCGGGGCCAGGGGCUUCAUGAGCAGGCCGCCCGCGAAGCACAUCCACCACCACUACAUCCACCACCACGGCGGCCCCCGGACCGGGGAGGCGCUGGAGCCCGAGGCCGCGCCGCGUGCGCGCUGCCCAGUCCCCGUCCCCGUCCCCGUCCCCAUCCCCGCGGGCGCCGACUGCUCCUGCUGCGCCAAGUGCAAGAGCCACCCCGGGGCCCCGGAGCCCGCCGCGCAGCUCGGGUACGUGUGCCCCUGGGAUGGACGCGCCCCUGUUCCCCACAGCGGCAGCCGAGGCGGCGCCCCGUCCAGGCGCAGCGCGCGAGGCUCGGAGCCCGUGGCCCCGGCCGCCCGGGAAGGAGGGGCGCCGCCCGGGGAGGAGGGAGACCGGGCGCAGGACGUGUGGCGGUGGGUGCAGGACGGCGAGCGGCCCGGCAGGCCCAGGCCCCACAGCGCCCAAAGCACCAAGCGGGCCUACCCCUUGGAGUCUGCCCGACCGCCCCCAGCCGAGCGGGCCGGCCGCCACCACCUGUGGGGGGGCAGCAGUGGGCACCCCCGCGCCCACCCGUUCACCCAGGACCCUGCGGCGCCUCUCCUGACCCCACCCAACACCCUGGCCCAGCUGGAGGAGGCCUGCCGCCGGCUGGCUGAGGUGUCCAAGCCCCCCAAGCAGCGGUGCUGCGCGGUGAGUCAGCAGAGGGACAGGACCCCUUCGGCCGCUGGCCAGCCAGGAGCCACGCCCUUGUCCAACCCAAGCCUGGCUUCGGAAGAUCACAGAGAGCCAAAGCAGCAGGCGGGCGUGCACGCGCUCCAGGCCGGUGAGCUGGUGGUCACCUACUUUUUCUGCGGGGAGGAGAUCCCGUACCGCAGGAUGCUGAAGGCUCAGAGCCUUACCCUGGGCCACUUCAAAGAGCAGCUCAGCAAAAAGGGAAAUUACAGGUAUUACUUCAAAACAGCGAGCGACGAGUUCGCGUGCGGCGCGGUGUUCGAGGAGGUCUGGGACGACGAGGCGGUGCUGCCCACGUACGAGGGCCGGAUCCUGGGGAAGGUGGAGCGCGUCGACUGAGCCCCGCGGAG